AUGAGCAACAUGGUUACCAACAACACUUCGAAACGAUUCUUUGCGCCGCUGAAAGAGCCCUUCACGACGGGUUCAGGCUCUCAGCUGCGCAAGCUGGAAGGUGUGGUCUUUGAUAUGGAUGGGACAUUAUGCGAACCCCAAACCUACAUGUUCUCCCUCAUGCGCCAAUCCCUCUCCAUCCCCAAAUCCGUUGACAUCCUCGAAUACAUCUACUCCCUCCCCACCGCCUCCGCGCAAGCCGCCGCCAUGGAAUCCAUCCGGUCCAUCGAGCGGGACGCCAUGGCCUCGCAAGUUGCGCAGCCCGGUCUUGUCAGCCUCAUGACCUACCUCGAUUCGCGGGGGAUCCGAAAGGGCAUUUGCACCCGCAAUUUCGAUGCCCCCGUGCAUAACCUGCUAGAAAAGUUUUUAAGUGGCAGUGUCUUCCAUCCGAUUGUCACCCGGGAGUUUCGCCCGCCGAAGCCCGAUCCGGCGGGGAUUUUGCAUAUUGCUAAGGCGUGGGGACUGACCAGAAGGGCGGGGAGGGGGGAGGGGGCGGGUGUGCCUGUGAGAGAUGAGGAGGGACAUGAGGAUGCUGAUUCUCAAGGAAAGAAUGGGAAUGGGGGAAGUACGAGUACAGAAGAGGGUCUGAAGAAGACGGAGGAAGGGGAGUUAGUGGCGGAUGCGAGCGGAUUGAUCAUGGUGGGGGAUAGUAUUGAUGACAUGACGGCUGGAAGAAGGGCGGGGGCCAAGACGGUGUUGUUGGUUAAUGAUGUGAAUAGGCAUCUGGUGGAUCAUGAACAUACGGACUUGGUUAUUGAGAGAUUGGAUCAGUUGGUUGAGGUUUUGGAGGAGGGGUUGUUGUAG